AUGUCUUCCCUUAAGAAAUUAUCAUUGCGUGGUUGCAGUGGACUUAAUGAUACGAAGUUUCUAAACCAAGGUGUGUGCAAAUUAAAACAACUUCAAGAGUUAGAUAUUUCCUAUAAUGACAUCAGUAGUAGUUUGCCUUCAUGUCUGGCUAACAUGACAUCUCUUCAAUCGUUAGAUCUCUCUUCCAAUAAUUUUGUUGGAAACAUCUCUUUAUCUCCACUUAGGGAUUUAACAAAUCUCGAAUAUUUGGAUCUCUCAAACAAUCUUUUUCAAAUUCCAAUUUCGUUGAGUCCAUUUUUCAACCAUUCAAAGCUCAAACACUUUGAAAGUUGGGGUAACAAUGAAAUAUAUGGAGAAAAAACCGAACAAAAUUUGACCCCAAUAUUUCAACUAGAGACUCUUUAUAUAGAUGGUUAUGCAUGCAUUGAAGCAUUUCCCAAAUUCCUUUAUUACCAGCAUAACCUACGAGUAGCCAGUCUGCAGAGCUUGAAAUUGAGAGGAAGAUUUCCAUAUUGGUUGUUACAAAACAACACAAAACUAGAAGCGUUUUACUUAAAUAACAAUUCCCUCUCAGGGCCUCUUCAAUUACCGUUUCAUUUCCAUUUGAAUUUGUCAGUUUUAGAUAUCUCAGAUAAUCUCUUCCACGGAAUUAUUCCACUAGAUAUUGGAACACAUUUUCCGAGAUUGAAAUUGGUAGACUUGUCUAAAAAUGAUUUCAAUGGUAGCAUUCCUUCUUCAUUUCGAAAUAUGAGCCUAUUGCAAAUUUUAGAUUUAUCCAACAAUCAUAUUUCUGGAAGUCUACCCUCUGAUUUUAGCUGUUCAAAUAUGAUAGGAGUUCAUUUGUCUAGAAAUCAGCUUCAAGGAUCAUUAGAAGAUGCAUUUUUCGAUUGCCUUCCAUUGGUUGUGUUAGAUCUUAGCCACAAUAAUAUGACUGGAAGCAUUCCUUUAAAAUUUAAACUCCUGGUGAAAGCAUUUAUGUAUUGGGAUGCAAGAGAUCAUAAUGAAGGAGUGUUGGAUAAUGGUGAUGAUGAUUUUAUUAUUAAAAGAGAGUUGGUGCUCUGA